CAUCCAGCCCCCGGGCCUUAGUUUGCCUACCCAUGGUAUAGUGUAUAUAGCUGAGUGGUGAACUGAAAAUCUCACAUUCUGUGCGUUACCCACAGAGGCUCUCCUAGAACCCCUCCCUUUUUUACAACUUUGACCAGGGAAUGGAAGACGUUUCCUCCUUCCAUCAAGACUGUUGCCGCAUGAUUGCAGUUCUAAAAUCGAUGUGUGUCCCUGUUUCUGUGACCGUGUUUUUAAAGCAGAUUCAUAUGUAUUCUUUUUGCCAAGGAGAUAGCAACUGCUCUUUGGACUUUGUCAGCCUGUUAAGUGACUUCUGAAACAAUGUCAGCUGUGUGCUGUAGUCAGGAGAGGGUUAAGAGGGCAGGGCUUUGGCUUGGCUUCUGCUGGUUUUCCUGAGGUGUUCUGGCACAUUCCCCAGACCAUCCCCUGGAGGUAAACAUCAAGGUGCACUAGGUGAGAUCAUUCCUAUGCAGAGUUCAGUCCUGGUUGCUCACAGCUUUGCACAACUUGUAGCUCACCCGACCCCAGUGGAAUAAAUGCUUCACCAGAGUUUCGAGACAUGAUUCAAAGGCUCAAGAAGGCUCUGAGAGAAUUGCCUUUAAUGGGGAACUGUGUGAGUGAAUAUAGUGGUCAAGUGCCUGAUGAACAAACUCUGGAAAAUGGUUCCCCUCGGAUUCCAAGAUCUGCAAUUGAAAAUCAGGAAAGUUGCAGUAAUGCGUCCCUUGUUCCACUGUCCCCUCCCGAAAUACCACAAGGACAAGAGGAAAGGGAGGAAAUGUCAGAUUCUUCUGAUGUGAGUGCCUGCAGCGCUACAUAUAGUAACUUAGGGCAAUCCAGAGCAGCUAUGAUACCUCCAAAGCAACCGCGGCAACCAAAGGGGGCUUUGGACGAUGCCAUUGCUUUUGGGGGAACAUCUGACCCAGACAUGACAGCUACCUUACAUCCCACACCACCUCCAUUGCCAAAGAAAACCAUUAUAAGAGCUCACACAGAACCACUUCCAAAUGAACACCAGAAUCAGGCCCUUGAAAGUGGCCUGUGUGUGAUGGCCAAUCCAACUUAUGACAUUGACACCAACUGGGACGCAAACAGUGCCUGCUCUUCUGUCAGCUCCGAAUUCAAGGCAAUGGACCAUGAGUCUGGAGAUUCCUUGGACAGGCCUCCAGAAAAGGGACUGGCAAUCUCAUCAGCAGCCAAUGGUUUUUCCAAUCUAACUGCUAUCGGUGUGAAAGACAGGUGUUCCAGUAGUAUGGAGUUUCUGUCAGGUAGACCUGCUACCCACAGCAAACAUGGCAAGACUGUCCAGAAACCACAGAGACAAGCACUUUAUAGAGGAAUCGAAAACCGAGGGGAGGUGGUGAGCAGAAUCAGAAGCCUUCACACUGAUUCCCUGAAGAAACUGUCUGCCAAAUGUGAAGACCUUUUCAUGUCUGGGCAGAAAGAUCAGCUUCGAUUUGGGCUAGACAGCUGGUCAGACUUCAGAUUAACCAGUGACAAGCCAUGCUGUGAGGCUGGUGAUGCUGUCUACUACCCAGCUUCUUAUGCAAAAGAUCCACUCAACAACUAUGCAGUCAAGAUUGCAAUUGGAUGCAGACUUUUUAUGGCAAGGACUUACAGAACUAUGAUUUCACCACCUAAGGACCAAAUUGCAUUUGAUAUUAGUCAGAUCUGCAAGAGCAAAGCUCAAGAAUCUCAACAGUAUUACCACAGCCUGGCCAUCCGCCAGAGCUUGGCCAUCCACUUCAACAUCCAGCAGGACUGUGGCCAUUUCCUAGCUGAUGUGCCUGUUCGCCUGCUUCCAUGGGAAGAUCUCCAUUCACCAGAAGAGGAUGAGGAAGAGCAGGAGGAUGACAAGCAGAAGAACACCGUGGACGUUUCACAGAAAGACAGCUCAAAUCUGCCAGGAGCCACAAGCAAGCAGCGCAGCAGAGUUGUAGUCAUCACUCGAGAAGUUCCCUACCUAACCGUGGCAGAUUUUGUGCUGGAGUCCUCAGACUGCCAUGCCAGCAGCCCAGACUUGUAUGAAAGGCAGGUAUGCCUCCUCCUCUUACAGUUGUGUUCUGGUCUAGAACACCUGAAACCGUAUCACAUCACUCAUUGUGAUCUGCGUUUGGAGAACCUUUUGCUGGUGGACUAUAGGGCAGGGGGAAGCCUUCUGAACAAUGAGAGUGUGGAGCCCUCUCCCAGUGCUGCUUGCCCUGCCAGGCUUAUAGUAAGCAAUUUCUCUCAAGCAAAACAAAAGAGCCAUCUGGUGGACCCUGAAGUCCUAAGAGACCAGUCCCGCCUUGCCCCAGAGAUCAUCACAGCAACACAGUAUAAGAAAUGUGAUGAGUUCCAAACCGGCAUCCUCAUCUAUGAAAUGUUACACCUGCGCAAUCCCUUUGAUGAAAAUCCAGAGCUGAAGGAAAAAGAGUAUACUUGCGCGGACCUGCCCAGUAUCCCUUGUCGUUCCCUUUAUUCCCUGGGGCUUCAGCAGCUUGCUAACUGCCUGCUAAACCCUAAUCCAUCGGAGAGAAUCCUUAUAUCUGAGGCCAAGGGAGUCCUUCAGUGUUUGCUGUGGGGGCCCCGGGAUGAUUUGUUUCAGACUCUCAAUGCCUCUUCCAGACCAGCACAAAGAGAUACUGUGCUCCAAAACUGGCUGGACAUCAAACGGACGCUGAUGAUGAUCAAGUUUGCUGAGAAGUCUUUGGACAGGGAAUGCAAAGUCAGCCUCGAAGACUGGCUUUGUUGCCAGUAUCUGGCUUUUGCCACUACAGACUCCCUCAGCCGCAUAGUGAAAAUCAUGCAGCAACAUUAGUUUGUAGCCGCUGCUUUCACUUGGAUGCACCACAAUCCUCUCUUCAUCCCCAGCCUCAUCUAUGUGUGCAAGUUUUAAAAUUAUAACCUAGAACUCCAGGUCACCAAUAGUGAGCAAACUGAUCUUGCCAGGAAGCUCUGUUUCCUGUCGUAGGUGCCAGGGAGAGGUCUGAAGCCUAGUUUAGCUGGUGGUUUGUUUGGACAAGGAGGUGUGUAAAUUUAUUAAGGAAACCACUAUUUAUUACAUUGCUGUUUGGAGGUGUAAGAGUGUGGAGUGAGUGCUGCAAAUGGCAGCAUCCAGGAAUAACUGCAAACAGAAUUGAGUCAGCUGUGAAUGAGCCACCAGAAUGCACACCACUCUUCACAAAGACAUGGCCUCUGCUCCAUGCCUUUGUCAUUCUGGCCCCAUCUCAGGGGUGACUUGGCCAUAUCAGUCAUACUUCCUGCAGGUGCAGUCUUUUAUUUGAUUGUUCCUUCCCCAUGAGACAACCCUGGACCACAACAGGCGGCCACUGAGUGACUUACAGUCAGCUGCAGACUGAACAAGUUUCCUUGUUUCUUUUAUUCUUGCUGGGGUCAAAGGACACAUUACAUGGAAAGCCCCAAUAUUUGUGGUGUGUUUUUAAAAAAUAAAAACACAACCUAGUGAUUUUGAGUGGAAGUGAGGCAGGAAAGAUGGGCUCAUCCCUUCUCCUUACAGGUCAUUUUUCCAUUCAGAUUUCUUGCCUGCACUGCUUCCCCUCACCCCACAGAGUUCCAGGUGCAAGUUUACCCUUCUUGUGUGUUGCUUUCUCAUGCCUUUGUCUUCUUAACCCUGAAUUCUGAUGUAUCAAUCUAGAAUAUUUCCAAUAGCAGCAGCAGAUGUGUUUUUCUCUUUUUGCCAGCACAUUUGACACAGUAGUUCUGCUAGAGAUCAUUGAUGGUCUGUUAAUUAUAAUGUUAACAGAGCAAUGCCAAGAGCAAAGGGACGGUUUGAAGCAAAUAGGAGCAGCUAUUCCCCUUCUGCUAUCUGGCUGGUGUUUUACCCCAAAACCAAGGGUAAAAAUGUCUUCUUUGCAAAGCAACAAGGAAGCAGGGUAUUAAAGUUGCUCAGAGCUCAUCUUUAUGUAACAAAUAAGCUAUGUAAAUAGAGAUGAGUUUUCUACAGGUGUGGUGCUCUUGGGGGCAAAAGAUGUUGUGCAGCUAUCACAAAACAGUUACGUUUAGCAGUUUUAGUUUAUGUAGAAUCUGGCUAUCCAAUUGCUGUCAGUAUCUAGUUUUUGGACAUUUUAGCUGUUUAAGCAUCAUUGGCUCAGAGGGAAUUGCUGCCUACUAAGUCCAGUGGCCUGUAGAAAUGUUUGCGCUCCUUCCCUGACACACUGGCCUUUUCCUGUGGAUCCAUUACAGUACAGUCCUGCUGCGCCUGAUCUCUCUGCUCAGUAUUGGUUGGACUUGUUUGAGUAGCUCUGACCUGAUGGAACUGCAGCCCAGUAUUUAAUUCCCACAGUUGGGGGUGGUUUUUGAAAUGUGGACAGCUCUUGUGUUGAGCCCAUGCUGCUGCUGCUGCUGCUGCUCCUCCUCCUCCUCCUAUGGAUAUAUGUGCAAUUUUUUGAUGUAUUAUAUGAGAAAGCUGUGUUAGUGUUUACGUUGCUUAACAGACUUAACCAUAUGUUAGAUCUGCCCCCUUUCCUUUUCAUGGCACAUAGAUGCACAAACAUAUGUGUCAUCUUUCUCCAGAUUGAUGUUUCCUUUCUUUAUUGUUAAACUGUGACUAACCUGUUUACUUCAGCCUUAGAGACAAAUAGCCACUUUGAACAGUUCUUGCAUGUUUGGACCAGAAACUGAAAAGCAGACCUGCAGAAAUUAUGUCAGCAAAGUCAGCUCUGUGGUCUUGGAGCAGGGUGUGGAUUUCUCACUGAUGCCAACCCUGUAGUUCAUGAAAAUCUGACCCCAGCAUAAAAUAUGUGGUGGCCUCUUUAAAUGCUUUGAAUCUUCUUGCUUCAGUACUUAUUGAUUAUCAGAAAAAGACCAGACAAAGCUAAGAAGUGUGUGAAUGUGUCCUGUAUUGCUUUAAAAUAAAAGUGCAAAAUUUGUAGGCAGGCAGCUGUCCUGGCACACAAAAGGCCCCUCCAGACUGGGUGGUGUGAGGGGAAUGGCGAGUGUAUUCUGCAGCAUGUCACUGACACAAUAAUAGUGCAUUAGUGGUAGAAUUAUUCUGCACUGUCCACACCUCAUUCCACUUUAAUGGCUGUUCUGCAAUGAUUCCCUGUUAUUGCAUGAUUGCCACCUGGAAGGGCACUCUUGUACUAUAGCACAACAAAAGCCAGACAAAAAAUAAACAUGAACAUCCAUGGUGUAAAAGGUUACAGGAUUUCAGCAAGAGGUUGCAGGCUAUGCACUGAUUGGAAAUGGAGCAGUGCUGACCACAAGAUGUUUGCAAACAGUAUUGAAAGUGGGGUUUUGCAUAACCACCACAAUUUCAUCAUGAGCACAGAUCGUGGAGGCACAGUCAAAAGGACACCUGGAAGGCCAAAGAGCCAAAUGUAAUGUAAUGCAGCCCAGAAUGUAAGAGGUGAUUUUGCUCCAUGAAGCCCCCUGAAUGGGGCAUUUGGUACAGACUUCUGGCCAGAUUCUUUGGAGAGUCUUGCACAAAUAUCCCAUGCAGCCCUAUAUCACACAGGUAAUUGUGUGAUUGCUUGACACAAUGCUUGCCUGUAUGAGUCCACGUUGCUCACAGCUAUGCACUGGAAAGGUAGAGAACACCUCCUUCCCAAGUUUUAUAUAUGCUUCUAGCUGAUAUCUGUGUGCACAUAAGUUCUCACUUAACCAGCAUGCUCAUCCUAGUGGAACAUGGACUACUGACCAUUGCAGCAGGGCACAUUCCUUUAGACCACUGCUCUACUUUUGUGCAGAGAGAUAUGUGCUUUGUGUCAGUUUCAUGUGGAUGUGCAGAGUAGACUAUUGAAUGUUACAUGACCUUGUGUGUUUUAUGCAGCAGAUCCCAAAAUUUUGUAUCUUGUCUUUUGGUAGCUUUGUGAUUUCAUUUUGCAUUUUGAUAGCAGAUUUCAGCCAGUAUUAGCAUUGUGUACUCUAAGUGAGCAUGGGGUAUACACUCACUGCCGUCUCCUUAUUUUGUAGCACUGAGUAAAUUUGGUAAUGAAGGAUGGUAAUAGGAAUUCUGUGUAAGAGAGGGUGCAUGAGGGGGAGAGAGGUACAACCAGGCAAGCAUUUCCAUUCUUGGUAGUGCCUGGAGCUACCUUUGCAAGCAUCCUAUCGAAGUCUCAUUGAUUUGUUGAGGGUUUGCCAUUUAAGAGUUGGGCCCAAACCAAGCAGAUUUCAAACCAAGACACUAGAACAAAAUAUUGUUACAGCACAGCAUUUAAACAAAAGCCCUUGUUGCCCUCACAAUUUGCUUCUGCAAGCAUCAAGAAUGAAAGCUUAAAUACACAGGCACAUAUUUGUAGGGUUUGCAUUUUAGAGCCUUUUGAGUUGAGCUCACCACAAUUCAUAGGAUUGUGAUUCUCAAAAUAGCCAUAUUGACCAUAAAUGUAUAUAUUUACUUAUUGUAAAUAUAUAUACAUUCAGAAAGCUGACACUCAGGCUUAUUUUAGCACAAUAAACCUAACCACAAAAAAGUUCUGGGAAAUUAAUUGUGGGUUAAAAGAAUUUGAAUGCCAAGUUUCCUGCUUGGCAGGGGGUUGGACUCGAUGGCCAUUGUGGUCUAUUCCAACUCUAUGAUUCUAUGAAUGUGUACUUCUCAGAGCUUUUGGUGUCAUUAAUCUGUUCUGGGAUGGCAACCUGAGUCAUUGAUUAAUUACACUAACAACAGUGCCUUGUCACAAAAUUAAAGCUAACAGGGAGAGAAUUUUGCAGUGGGAAUCGCCCACUGCUACCUACUAGCUUAAAAAAACAAUAUUGCCGUUAUUUUGAAGGGGGUGGAGUCUAAGAAAGCUUAGUUGGCAAUUCAACCAGAAGGGAACUCUAUCUGGUGGCUUGGAUUCAGACUCGUUUGAUACUAUUGAAAAACCAAACUAAAAGUCAAACAUAUUAUUCAAAUCUGCAACUUGUAUAGGGUAUUUAAAAAAGAACCUUUUGAAAUAGCUGCUUAGACAAUGUAGAAUUGGAAAACCUGUUGCUCUGACAAUCUUUUUCAGACUCCAGCAACAAAAUUGUACACAUAAACCACCUGCAACUCUUGUUACAAAAUCUAAUAUUAGUUAGUAAUAUCAAGGAAGACUAUACCCAAUCUGUCCAUUAGUGUGGAACUCGGAGCACAUGGAAAACGAGAAAGGGGAAAGUGGCAGACUUCUUACAGGACCAUCCUGCAUGUUGAAUUUGGCUAGAAAAGAAACAGAAAUGUUGCUAAGGGAACUGGUAUAACAGGAGCUAAAUGGGACAAUACCUAAGUUUACAACUUACUCCCUCUCUCCUUUCUGCAAAUUCAAGCCAGGAAGCACCGUGAUAACAUUGUUCCCUUUUGAACUCUCUUUUACAACUAUUCGAAUAGGAUCUGGUCAACUAUCCAAUAAAGUUAAGAGGAAUUCUGCCUUUGGGACAGGUUUUUAUUAGGGAACAUCUAGAACCCAUCAAAGCAUCCUCAAACUUUUCACUUGUUGUUACCAUUUUAUGUUCUUGUAUUUUAUACUACCCUUCAACCAAAAUUUUCAGUAAAUUAAACAUAAACCCAACAAUAAAAUUAUUAAUUAUUAUUUAAUUAAACUGGAGCUGGUAUUGUUUUGUUUCUUACCUGUAAUCCUUGGGUUGAAGGGCAGUAUAGAAAUUUAGUUAAUAAUUGAAUUACAAAGUCUAUUCAAUGCAGAAGUGAAGUGAACAGGAACUGACUAACCACCUAUUUGGUCCUCAAAAGCCAGACAAAACAGGUGUCUUUAGCAGGUGUCAGAAAGCCAUCAGAGAGGGAGAUCAAUGUACCUCCAAUGGGAGGUACCCACAUUCCACUGAUAAGGGCUCAAUGUUCCUGUUUCGUGAAUAUGUAUUCUCCUGUUUUGUACAUUAAUUGAAUCCCAAACCACCAAAGUAGGAAUCGGAAGUACCCCAUAAAUGAAAUUCUUCAUGGAGAGAGAACUGAGGUAACAUAUAAGUUGGAUUAAGGAACACCAGGCAGCCUUCUGAUGUAGCUUUGAUCCAGUCUGGCCCCUCUUACAUUACCAACUAGGUUUGGUUUAGUAUGCUGUCCAAGCCCAGGAUUAUGGUUAAGGUCUCGCCUUAAAACUACACUCUGUAGCCAAGGUUUGCCCUGUGGUGACAGUUUGUGGCGAAGGAUGAUAACACAUGAUUCCAAGUUUGGAAAAUGCACUAAGCCAAACUUUCAUUGAACUCAAGACCCCAGGGGGGAAACAAGUGGGUGCAAGCGUCACUCUAGGAGCCACAUGUUUGCAAGUCAUUCUCUGGCUUACAGUGAGGUGUGACCCAGGCCACAGUCCCCAAGUACGCCUUUCGCCUUCUUCCAUAUAAAUGAAUGGUUGUCAUUUAAUCGGGGCAGGAAGGAAAGAGUUGCACUUGUGUGUGACCUCCAUGCUUGGUUUGUAACAGAAACCCCUCCCUGCGCUGGUUGGGUGUGGGAUCCCUCCAUAGCUUGGAAGUACUUGGAACCUUAGUCCUACCUGUGUGGCAAGUCUUUGGUGCUGCACUGAACUGCUCAUCUUUUGUUCACAAAUAAAUACAGCUCCUGAAGUUUUACUGACUCUUGCUGCUUCAUAGUAUUAGGACUUAAACAGGGAGCACCCUUCACAAACCGCAGGGAAUACUCAGGUAGUUGGUGACAAUACUGUAGUGGAGGCAAAGUCUCCCUGGCUCUCUCUAGGAAGGACCCUGCAGAAUUGCCCUGUGGGGUUUUGUUGCCAUUUACAAGCUCAGACAUGCAGCCCUGGGUCCAUCAUCAUGACAAGCAUUUUGAAAGCUAUUCAUCCAAUCCAAAUCAAUUUUACAAAGGGCAUAUUGAAGAAUAUUCACUCUGUAAAAUUGCUGCAACUGCUAAAGUAGCCCUUUCCAGCUGUUUUUGGAAUUCUGAUGAGAGGAAUGCAUAAUUUGAAAAUGACAGCCAACAACAUAGAAAGGGCCUAGAUGCACAGUGCCAGCCCUGCACUGAGUUAACGGCACCAAACUAUUGGUUUCAGUGGGUCUGGCUCCCCUUAACUGCAGCCUUUAUACUUGGGAGAUCAAUUGAAAGCACUCAACUCCCGAGAAAACCUCUACAGAAGUUGCUACACCUUCCUAUUUCUUGUGGGAAAGCUCUUGGCUGCAAAGCAGACAAUUGAGCCUAGAAGGGAGGGGGAAACAGAUGGUAGUUCACAAAAUUGCCCGCUCACUUGUAUGGAAGGGCUUCCCUUUACUCCCACCAAUACCUUGCUUCCAACUCCUUGAUUAUCCCUUUAAUUCAGAAAAGAUUGAAAUAUUUUUUAACAAGGAAGAAAUGCAUCUAUCCAUAUUUUUAUAAAUGAAUUUUGCUAACUACAAGAACAACCCACUUUGCCCUUAUGUUUUUCUCUGCCCUGUCUAUAUAUUAUAUACAUAGCUUAUAUGCACACAAUGUGCUUGAAUUUUAAAAAUUCUUUUUCCCCCCCUUCAAAAUACCAUUUUCAGGAUACAAGUAGUUAACCUGAACUUGCUCAGGCUUAGAAAGUUUUAUAGCUUUUGCCCUGAGGGAUAUUUUCUUUUAAAUUGAAUUAUGCAGAGCAUGUAAAAUAUUAAAGAACAAUCCCUAUGUUUUUAUUAAAAAGCUAAUUUUAAAAAAAUAAAAAGUUCUACACAAAGGCAGUGGUAUUUCUUUGCAAAUGCCUCCAGGUGGGAAAUAAUCUUCUCUGUUGAAAGUCUCCAUUCUCCUGGGUAAUCUGUGUUUGGAGUUCACAGAAUCGCUGUAUCCGUUGUUUCAUAUCUAUAUUUACACAUUUUUAUAGAUAUAACUCCUAGGCUACCUUUGUGAUCAGAGGGCAAUAACACUCUGGUUUGCUGUGGUACUUUGCUGUAUACUCUGUGGCAUACAUGUUACUGUGUAAAUAAACUAGUUUUAUUACACUGAGAA